UCAUUUACUUAACUGAGUCUUAUUCCCAUCUACAUUGUAUCCUACCUUUCCAUGUAAAUCUCUAAUCGAUACCUCUAUUGAACGCUAAAUAUGUCGUCGUCCGGAUUGCGACAGUGCAUCCGAGAUGUCUCUCCGUACCUCAUCCUCUUAGUCGCCAUUAGCACCCUGGGACCGCUACAGUUCGGCUUCCAUCUUGCCGAACUCAACGCACCUCAAGAUGUUAUUUCUUGCCGAGCGAAGCAGCAAUCCGUCUCACGAUUCUCAUCCGUCCUAUCUUUGAUGUCGAAGUCCUCCAACUCCGAUGAAGUAUCUACUACCUCUGCCCUUCCCGACUGCAUACCCAUGAAUGAUGCCCAGUUCGCCGUCGUAUCAAGCAUGUUUACCCUGGGCGGUCUGGUCGGUGCUCUCGGAAGUGGCCCCAUAGCCUCUGCGAGGGGCCGCCUAUUGGCCAUGCGGCUGACCAGCUUAUUCUACAUCAUCGGUUCUGUCGUUGAGGCCCUAGGUGCGUCUAUUGCUAUGAUGGCUGUGGGUCGUGUGUUCUCUGGUGUAGGUGCUGGCGCUGCGACUGUCAUCGUGCCCAUUUAUAUCAGCGAAGUGGCGCCACCGCGUGAGCGCGGUACCUUUGGUGCCAUGACCCAGGUCAGCAUCAACGUCGGUAUCCUAAUUACGCAGACCAUGGGGUAUUUCCUCAGCUACGGGUCGGCGUGGCGGUGGAUUCUAGUUGCUGGCAUCCUCAUUGGUGUGCUGCAGGGCUUCGGGCUCCUACUGCUGCCAGAGAGCCCAGCGUGGUUGGCAGCCAAUGAGAGCGUCACCCAAGCGAGGCGGAUACUGCAGAGGAUACGUGGGAAGCACUACGAUAUUGAGGAGGAGACCUUGACGUGGGGCGAUUCAGCGGUGUCGCCAGAAGAGGAGGGUUUGCUCAACGAUUCAACUGUCGGUUCCAGGAGAGAUUCUACCACCAGCAAGGUUAGCGGGAGAAAUAAUGGCAACCUUGGUUUUCUGGAAGUUAUCAAGGACCCAUUAUACCGACCCGCUCUCGUCGCCGCUAUUGGUGUCAUGUGCGCCCAGCAAUUAUGCGGCAUCAACUCCAUCAUCAUGUACUCCGUCUCGCUCUUGAGGGAUCUCUUGCCAAUCAGUUCCGCGCUGUUGACUAUCAUGAUAUCGGCCAUCAAUCUCAUCACCACGGUCGCAUGUUCGCCGCUCCCAGACAAAUUCGGAAGGAAGACUUGCCUGCUUCUUUCCAUAUUCGGUCAAGGGGCAAGCGCUCUCGCUUUGGCGUUGUCCAUUUUAUUCGAAGCCAAGAUACUGUCAGCGUUCAUGGUUCUUUUCUUCGUGGCCUUCUUCGCCGUCGGGUUGGGUCCGGUUCCUUUCAUCCUCGCGUCCGAGCUAGUCGGACAGGAGGCGGUCGGGGCAACUCAGUCCGCCUGUCUGGGUGCUAACUACAUUGCUACCUUCUUGGUAGCACAAUUCUUCCCCAUUAUCAACGUUGCUCUAAAUAAGCAAUUUGGUGGUGCCGGUUGGGUUUAUUUUAUCUUCACUGCCCUAGCUGGUCUGUGCGGGCUAUUCGUGCUCUGGCGCGUCCCUGAGACUAAGGGUAAGAAGGAUGCAGAUGAGGUUUGGGGCCGGACAAGGCGACUUGAUUAAUGUUAAUGGACACAAUAUCUGGAAAUGAUUUAUAUAUGCUGCCUAAGGUUUAU